ACCGAAGAAAGAGCUGCUGGAGAAAGUCCGCUAGAGCGGGAAGUGUGAAAUAUGAUGAACGCGCCACCACGUAGGAGGGGGAUCGAUUUCUGUCUUGUCCUUUAAAAAAGUCCAGAGACAUUGUCAUAAUGGAGACCAGCAGAUUAAACGUCGCCAUCAUCGGGGCCGGUAUUGCUGGGCUUACGUGCGCCAUCACCCUUUCUCGCUACGCAGGCGUUCAUGUUACAAUCCUUGAAAGAGCUCCAUCCUUGGUCGCUGCCGGUAACGGAAUUCAAGUCCCCUGCAACGCAUGCCAUGUCCUUCGGAGCCUGGGCCUGUUAGACAAGCUCAUCGCCAAGUCUAAGGGAGUAGCACUAGGCUCUCUCUCAUUGGAUUAUGAAAAUGGGCAAGUGUUGCUGAACAGGGACUUUACGCGGUACGAGGAGAUUUACGGGGCACCAUGGCUGUUCGUUCAUCGGGCUGAUUACAUCGAUGUCCUGCUCGAGGAGGCAGAUAGACUGGGCAUUCAGAUCAGAUUGGGAUGUGAGGUCAAGGAAAUGAACAUAGGAGCUCCUUGGGUGACACUCUCAAACGACGAGAUCGUGACGGCAGACGUCAUCAUUGGGUGUGAUGGUAUCAACUCGAUCGUCCGCAAAGCUCUAUACCCUACCAUUCGACCCCAGCCAACCAAUACAUCGGCGUACCGUGCGCUACUCACUCGUUCUCAACUCUCAUCAUCCAUCUUCACAUCCAUCACCACGUCCUCGAAAUGCCACUUCUGGCUCGGUCCUCAUGCGCAUAUAGUCCUUUACCCCAUCCACGGCGGCGAGACAUUCAACCUCGUGGUUAUUAUUGCAGACCAUGGGCUUAACCACCGGUGCCAAAGUGGAAAUAUGCUGGAGCUGGUGAGGGAGCACUUGGCAGGCUGGAACCCUGUUGUCAGGGGGUUGCUACAUGCUGUCCAAGGACUCACGAGUUUUCCGCUCUUCAGCGUGGAAGAUUUGCCCUCGUUUGCAAGUGCGCGUGUAGCUCUCAUGGGCGAUGCCGCUCAUCCAACUGUCCCGUAUCUUGGACAGGGCGCAGCCAUGGCCGUCGAAGAUGCUCUUGUCCUCGGAACGCUACUUGGAAAUCUCACACGGUUCUCAUCGUCACUAAGCAGCGGGAGUCUCAAAGCCCGCAUCCCGACAAUUCUACGAACAUACGAUGCCAUUCAGCGCCCACGCACAACCACCAUCGUCGCCCAGUCGCGACACCACGGGCACUUCAACCACCUUGCUCGAGGGCCGGAGCAGCGCGCUCGGGACGCUGAAUUCGCCGCGUUCGACACGGAGACGACGGUGAGCGAGUGCCCGUGGGUUGACUCGGCUUUCAACCGUGAGAUGCUAGGGCGGGAUGCAGAAGCAAUUACGUCAGUCGAGUUUGGGAGGUUGGUGGCAGAGGGGUUGUUUGAUCAGUGGGAAAUUGGGGAUGGGGAUGUCAUCUUUGGUGCACGUUUGUAGGAACGUCAUCCAAUGGCUUUUCAGUUGGGCGAUAAAAUCCAAAGCGAAUGGUCUUGCUGUUGCAUUGUUCUUUGUUUUCCUUUUCGGACAAACCCUUUCAAUUCUGACGUGAAAAACAGAGACACAGAACAAAGGGAUGGGGUGUCGGUAACCUACAGCAAGUCAAUCACACAAUCAGAGGAGAAGAGGAGGUAAUAUUCAGCAUACCAAGCAAGUUCGUUUUAUUUGCC